AUGGAUUUCUUCCAAGAAUUGAAGGGAAGCGUCUCCGACACUCUGCCACAUUUAAAUCCUGAUGAAGUAGACGGCUUGCUGAGUUUUCUCAAAAGUCAAGGAGUAAAGAAAGGAAGAGACUUACGGCAUAUAACAGUGGCAAUUCUUAAAGAAAAACUUGACUUGAUUGACUCAUCAGAACUCUUCGAGGAAUGGCAAAAGGCUUAUGGAUCUGCUGGUGAGAGUAGCACCACAACCCGACAAACGGAAGGGCAGGCAGACCAGCAGAUGGCUGGGCCCUCAGGAAUGAGUCGAGUUUUCCACACAGACCAGAUAGCUGGCGGAUCAGGAAUGAGUAGGGGAGUCCUUAUGGAUGUUGCCAACUCAGUGAUGAUCCCUAAAAUGCCAACAUUUGAUGUCAACAGCCCAUAUUUUCCGAGCAAAGUUAGAGAAGCCAUCAGAGCCAAUAAGAGGGCUGACCCCCGAUCUCGAGAAGAAAUGGUCGCUCGAAUAGUGGACCGUUGUAGAGAAGUUGUGCCAAAUUUAGAAAGGGCUAAUUUUAAUACUGUUGCUGAAAGUAUUGUUAAACUCUAUCCCAAAUCCUUCAAAGAUACAGUGCCUGUCAGUGACCAUGGUAGCGAUAGUUUAGCAGAUCAGCUGAAAAACAAAUUUGACAACGACAGACGACCCGUUAAUAGCAAAACUGGGAAGGAAAACCAGGCACCGGCUAUCAAGGAAUCUUACGGGUGCAACAGUUGGAGCCCAGCAUUGCCAAGUGGUGAGACGGAGUCUUCCCAAACCAAAUUGAUGACUGAACUAAAACAUAUGUCUACUCUGGCUAAAAAAGAUCUGAACUGGAGGACUAUUAAAUGCAAAAUGGAAGACUCAUUCUACCUGCAAAGAAAGCACAUCAAUGGUGACUUACCUGAUCAAGUUCAAAGGAAACGUGGCAAGAAAAGGCAGCGGGAUUCUGAUGUAGCAGAUAAUGAAGACGUUCCUUCUAACAUGCCAGGUUUAAAGAGUGAUUGGCCCUUCUUGUUCACAAUCAAAGGCAUGGAGACCCACUUUAAAUUGUUAACUGAUGUUGACUUUGGUGAGAAACUUUCCACUUACAUGUCUGAAGAAGCUGAUAAUGUUUAUGAGUACCUAGCUACUAAGUCUAAGAGCCUUGCCCUAGCAAAGCGCAAAAUGGAACGCAGUGAAAAGCAGGGGUGUGCCUUUGCCAGACUGGCUGGACUCCUGCUGAUGCUUGUAGAACACUUUGGAGAUGAUAUUCAGUUGUUGGUCAGAUUUACUGAGAAGACAAGCAGUUGGGAAGACAUGAAGACGUACUCUCCUCUUCCAGCUGAAAAAACUCCUGUUCUUGUAAUAGCUGGAGAUUCUUUGUAUGACAAUGACAAAGUUUAUUUCUUUGUGGACAACACUCUGGUGGCAGCUGGCAAGAACAUUCAAGAUGCUUUCUCCCUUCUGUUUAUGUCAUUUUUUGUCUUCAAUAUUUUCUUCCCUCCUGGCCUGUCAUGCCUUCUGUGCUUUACUCAAAGAGUUAUUGCUCAAAUAAACCCAUCUAAGGGCACUAAAUGCUUGACUCCAAGUAUCACAAAAAAAUCCAAUGAGAAAGUAGUGAAGCUUCAGAACAAAGUUCUGGAGUACAAGGAGGCGGAUGAUUGA